AUGCCCCUGCUGCCCAGCACCAUGGGCCUGGCAGGCCUGCUCUUCUGGGCAGGCCAGACAGUGAAUGCCUGGAUGCCCAAUGCCACCCUGGCUCUGGCCCGGACCAAGGGCACUGCUGUGUGGCCCCUGAGUGGCCUGGGGGCGCCUCGGUACCAGCGGAAGCGCCACAUCUCUGCUGGGGACAUGAGUGCCUUACUGGAUUUUCACAACCACAUCCGGGCCAGUGUGUACCCACCUGCGGCCAACAUGGAGUAUAUGGUCUGGGACGAGCGGUUGGCCAGGUCUGCAGAGACCUGGGCCACCCAGUGCAUCUGGGCCCAUGGGCCCUCACAGCUAAUGAGAUACGUGGGCCAGAACCUCUCCAUCCAUUCUGGCCGGUACCGCUCAGUGGUGGACCUUGUGAAGUCUUGGUCUGAGGAGAAGCGCCAUUACUCGUUUCCAGCCCCCAAGGACUGUCAGCCACGCUGCCCCUGGCGCUGCAGCGGCCCAGUCUGCUCCCACUAUACCCAGAUGGUGUGGGCAUCCUCCAAUCGGCUGGGCUGUGCAAUCCACACCUGUGGCAGCAUCAACAUCUGGGGCAACACCUGGCAUCAUGCAGUGUACCUGGUCUGCAACUACGCCAUUAAGGGCAACUGGAUCGGCGAGGCACCAUACAAGAUGGGGAGGCCAUGUUCUGCCUGCCCCCCGAGUUCCCAAGGCACUUGUAUUAGCAACAUGUGUUUCUCCGGACUCAAAUCCAACAGGCUCCUGUGGUUCUAA